AUGGCUCGUCUAUAUCGAAAGCUGCUCAAGUCAAAACAUGACAAGAAAAUAACCGGAGGUCUGUUUGACACUCCUUCUGAAGAGAAAUUGUUUGGAUCCUCAAAACUUUGGAAUGACCACAAAACCAACAGUUGCUUCUUGAUCGUGAAGGAAAGUGGGAAGUCGUAUGUCGUUGGAAAAGAUCAGUUCGAGAAGAAAACAGAUCAAGGCCACAAUGGAGAAAGAGGAGAAACUGAGUUAACUUUGAAAGAUUUAAAGAAAGCACGUCCACCUGGAUUCCGGAAAUUCGAGACCUCGCUUGGUUCCGUUAACCUAGAUGAACAACUUGCGCUGCAGUUGUGGGAAGAUAUUUUUAAACCUCUGUACACCUUCAAUUUUCUCAAAAUUGAUUCGGGACACCUAGAAAUGUAG